ACUGCUUGAGAUGUUUUUCCUUCGAUCAUAUCUUUAUAUAUUCUGCAUUUUGAUUAUGCGUUGUAAUAACCUCCAGGCUGUAUGAAAUACAAUAUUCGAUACUCGGUUCGUGGUUUUCUAUAGGUGUGUUUCUUUUCCCUUCCAGAGGUAAAGGAAAUUCCACAUCCAAAAACAAAAAUCUUGUUUGCUUUCAGUGAUGUCCGAGACAUUGUGCCUUUGUGAUACUUUUCUGGAACACCUUUCAUUUCAUUAAUGCAAGGAGGAUCCAUUCAUCUGUUCAUUCAUCAACAACUCCCGGUGGGGAUCGGCCAUGGGCGUGCGUAUUCUACCGUGACAAUAACGACUUGGGAUUUCAAUAUUUUAUAAUGGGAUGGAAGCUGUCCUUGUUUCACAAGCACCGGGAUUGUUUGAUACAUAAUCCACUAUAUCUAUCUAUCUAUUUUCUGAGCAUGCCAAGUGCUUGAUAAAAGGCCAAGUGCUCUGUACUUAUCACCGACGCACACAACCCUCACGCAUCAUCAUCAUAACCAACGUUCACUCUCCCCCGUCUGAUCUCUUGUGACUGAACCUUUUUGUGAGAAAGUGAGAUUCCCCUCGCCAUGAACAUUAUUCAGAGCAAAACUCUGGAUUUACGGAUGCCGUCUUGUCAGAUGACACAGACGACACAUCACAGAUGAUUUCUCUCUCUCUCCCAAUCACGUUCUAGCCAAUCUCUAAUUUUGAGAAAUGCCUUCAUUUUAGUGUGUCAUCAAAUCCGCGUUGGAUGUCAAUAAACUUGGCCUACAUGUACGUCGUGACGUCUUUUAGGAAUAAAGGAGGAAUGUCGCCGGAUUCCAAUGAAGUGCCUAACCUCAGGUGUCUCUACUGAUUAGUCAUAUUACAUGUAUAUUGACAUCAGGGAUGUUAUCAGCUACAAAUGUCAGUCUCCUUUGAAUUUGAGUUACCCAUCCUUCUAUCAGUGGCAGCCUGACCAAUGGACAUACAUCUGAUUGUUUAUCAGAAAUCACCAGUGAAUAUAUUUCUGAUUUUGUAAAAGAAAAAGGCUCACUGUUCAAACUUGUAACAUGGCGAAUUUAAAGAGCCCAACGUUUGGUUAUCGUGUGCUUAAGAUUCGCAAGUUAUCUGAGCCAGUCUUCAGCUUUGAUGUUGAAAAUGGUCCAUCACCGAGCAGAAGCCCUGGCUUGGAGGCGGCGAGCCCGUCUUCGGGCCUGGUGCUCAACUUUCCCCAACGGAGGGAGUCCUUCCUCUAUCGCUCGGACAGCGAGUUUGACCUCUCACCAAAGUCCAUGUCCAGAAAUUCUUCCAUUACAAGUGAAUCACAUGCACAAGAAGACAUUAUCGUCACACCAUUCGCCCAGAUCCUUGCCAGUUUACGGAAUGUACGGAAGAACUAUGUCAACCUUACGGGUCUAUCUCAAAGCGCAUCAAGCACCAGGCAAUCUCCAAGAAGUACUCAGGCAAACAAGCAGUCAUCGACGCAAUCGUCGACCGGGUCAUCGACAGAAGAGAAUACGUCCAAGAUGGCGACAGACACGUUAGAAGAACUAGACUGGUGUUUAGACCAAUUAGAAACCAUGCAAACACAUCGGUCAGUUAGCGACAUGGCAACAAGCAAGUUCAAACGGAUGUUAAAUCGAGAGCUAUCAGCCUUCUCGGAAACAAGUAAAUCAGGAAACCAGAUCUCAGAAUACCUCUAUAACACCUUUCUCGAUAAGCAACAAGAAGUUGAUCAGCCAUUACCGUUGUCGGCGAGGGAACUGGCGCCCUCGCCGUCGCCGCUCAGCAAGGCGCCGGCGUCCAAGAAGCUUCUGAAAGCCAACGAGCUGAUGAAGAUUAAGGGAGUGAGUACGUCGAUCGUCAACAAGACCAGGCACAACAAUAAUGUGAUCAGCAACGAAUUAGUCAAGAAGUUUGGUGUGCCUGUCAAGAAAGAAAAAGAGGAAGAACUUGAUAAGGAGUUGAGGUUACUCGAUACAUGGAGCAUUAGUAUAUUCAAGAUUGAUGAAAUCACAAACCACAGACCCCUCACAGCAAUCAUCUAUAGAUUAUUUGAGGAUCGAGGUUUAUUAAAGACAUUUCAAAUUCCAGAGAGGACAUUCUUGAUAUACAUGAUGACGUUAGAAGACCACUAUCACAGAGAAGUGAUAUACCACAAUCAAAUUCAUGCAGCUGAUGUCGUUCACUCAACACAUUUUCUCUUAUCAGCUCCGGCACUGGAGAAUGUGUUUACAGAUCUAGAGAUAAUGGCCGCUAUGUUUUCAGCAGCAAUACAUGAUGUCCAUCACCCAGGUCUAAACAAUCAAUUCCUGUGUAAUACAAGCGCAGAACUAGCAAUACUCUACAACGAUGUCUCUGUCUUAGAGAAUCACUCCCUUGCCGUCGCCUUCAAACUCCUCCAGGAGGAGAACUGCAAUAUCUUUGAGAAUCUCACAAAGAAACAGCUCCAAACCCUCAGGAAAAUGUCCAUCGAUAUGGUACUUGCAACAGACAUGUCCAAGCACAUGAGCUUACUGGCUGACUUGAAGACUAUGGUUGAAACCAAGAAAGUGGCCGGCUCAGGGGUCUUAUUAUUAGACAACUACACAGAUAGGAUACAGGUGCUGAAGAAUCUUGUCCAUUGUGCUGACGUAGCGAACCCUAGCAAACCUCUCAAUAUCUACACCCAGUGGACAUCGAUGCUGAUGGAAGAAUUCUUCAGACAGGGUGAUCUUGAACGAGAGAAAGGAGCAGAGAUCAGCCCCAUGAUGGAUAGAGAGAACGCAUCCAUUGAAAAAUCACAGGUUGGCUUCAUAGACUUCAUCUUGCAUCCCCUGUGGGAGACAUGGGCCGACCUGGUCUACCCCGACGCCCAGGAGAUCCUGGACCACCUCGAGGAGAACAGGAACUGGUACCAGAGCCAGAUCCGAGAGAGUCCCUCGCCCAACCCCAGCAAGGACGGCUCCAACGAGACCAAGACCAACGGAGAUGACCUCCAUGAUCUUACGCUGGAGGACCUCGAAGAGAAGGACGGAGACGAAGGCAUGCAGGAUCACACGCCCACUCACCGGUCAAACCUGUUGCAGAGGAACCCCAAGGUGGACGAUGGCAGCAGUGUGGAAGCGGUCAAUGCCAAGAAUGCAAGGAGCAGGGGGAAGGACGGUGCAGUGUUCAAAUUCUCAAAACUCACCAUCAAAGACUCCAAGGAGACGGAUCUAUAGUACACUCUGACCCACCGAGGGGGGGAUAGGACCUUCCGUUUUGUAUCAACUCAGUGCGGCAGAAAUGGGAUCAUGCAGGAAAGUGAUGACGGUAUCGUGCAUAGCCAGCUAAGAUAUGGGAGUGCAAGAAGAAGCAAUAAGUGCGAGGAUAAGAAGCGCGCGGUGAUGAAGGAAGUGUCACAGAUGACCUGAUUUGGGUGGAAAAGCUUCAUGCAUCAGCAAGAAACCAGGAGGGACGUCCUUGUGGCCUGCACUAAGUGCUAGAGGGAGAUGCAAGUGAUUCAAACUUGAUCUUUGUCAGAUGGCUAUGCUAGAACAUAGCCAGGUAGAAGGACUUUUCAGAUGAAAAGCUCGUUCGAAAUGCGUUUGAAGAGCUUCCUCUUUGAAGGUACGCUGGAUGGACGCAUUCUUGAGAGACUAGAGAAUCUCUAAGAUUAAGAUAUAGAGAUAUCUUUGUUGGUGAGGUGGAUUAGUAACUUUGCAUCAAUCGUGUCGAAUAUCACCCUACCUUUACCAUGUCAACAUCACUUUCAAAAGUAGGUAGCUUUUGGAAAGGGCAAGAUUUAACCAAAAAAAUUGCUCUUUUACAAAAAACAAGGGUAAGGAUAUUUAAGGACAAAUGUAAACAUAAUCGUACAAAUAGUGUGUACUUUUGAGGUUUCGCAUAGUUUGUGCCAAAGAAGGACUUACAGUAUACAAUAUAAGAUUAUUAAAAAGCAAAAACAUGAAGUUUUUAAUCAUAUUUGUGAGCUUCUCAUAUGUCGACUCAUAUUUUGAUGAGAAGGUGGUUUGGAUGAAAAUAAAUCAUCUUUCUGAAUGAAAGGCCACGCCCCUCAUAUCUACAAGGAACAUCUACAAGUUCAUGAAUGGAUCUUUGUCCGGGGCCUGUUGUGGUACAAACCAACGGAGUGAAGACAUCUUUGAAUUGCUUUCUGGUUUCAAUUAGUGUGUUUGUAAUGUGACUUUGGUUAUUUUUUUUAAAGUGUGCUGUGACUCAGAUUUGAGUUGAAGAGAGAUUUAAUACGGAAGCUUGGAGAAAUUUUUAAAAAAAUCUAGAAUAAUUCUCUUAUAUUUCUAGAAAGCUGUUACACCUUGUCAGCAGUGGAUAGUGCACAUCUUGGACAUAACAAAUUUGAGAUCUGGUUUGGCCCAAUAGCGUUUUAUUCAGAUCCCUGAAAAUCAUUGAGAAUAUAUCAGAAGAAAGAUUCAAUGAAAUCCACAUAUUUGAUAUCCGAUUGGUAGUUUUCAUUCAAUGCUAAAAGACAAAUGAUCAUUGACAUCUUGAAAUUAGCAAUGUGGGGAAAAGGUUAAAAUGGCUGUUUUCCUCCCUCAUUUGCAAAUUCUAAAUUACGUCUGAAGUUCUAUCCAUCAAAGAUAUCAUCUACCAAUCUCCAUUUAUUUCUGAUACAAAAAAAUGUAAAAGGAAUAACGGUGCAAGAAAAGAAAGUAACAAAUUCUGCCAAUGAGGCUAACAUAAUUUGGAAAAUUCAAACUUCUGAAGUCUAUCUUGAUUUCUGAUACAAAUAACAACUGUAAAAGAAAAAAAAUGUAGCAAUUGAAGAAAUAAAAAUGUGGCCAAUUUGAGGAUUAAUUAAUGCUACAAGAAAUUAAUGCCCAGAGUGUAUUUGUUGCUUUGCUUCAUCGUAAAUGUUGAUUUUUCAUUUGAAUGUGCCAUCAAACUGUAUCUAUAUAUCCCAUUUUCGUUUUGGAUAAGUUUCGGGUGAUAUUUAUCUUAAUAUGAGUUUAUUGUGUGAUGGCUGAAUAUCUGUGAUAGUUUGUAUCCAAUUGCUGCUUUAAAAAAAAAAUUGUCCAUCUGCUGCGUCUUAAGAGAUAAUUAUUUGUUUCUUUAGUUUUCCGAAAUAUUUUUUAACAUGAAUUACAUAUCAUUUAAGUUAUGUAAAGACUUGGUUGAAUAGAUAUUUACUUGAAAGUCUUCAAACGGUCUAAGAAAACACCCCUUUCCCCCCAAAUUGGAAGUUAGAAUUAAAACUCUGAUAAAUAUAAUUUUCACAAAAAAAUUUGGGGGUUUACAUGCUUGUGCUUGAAGUGAAAGUCAUUUUGUAAUACAAAAUCCUCUUUAACUGUCUUUUCUAUAAACCAUACAUGACCAUUGUCCAACAUUUUUAAGUUCCUUUAGUUCUUACAGAUGGUUAUGCCAUUGACUUCUGUAUGCCAUAACAGUACUAAUACAGGAACCGAUCUUGUGAAUAAUUUGGAAAAUUGAUUCAUUGAACUUGAAAUAGUUUUGAAUCCAAUAAGGGUAAUUGAUAACCAUGCUGCAGCUAAAAUAAAAAGUGAUUUGAUCAAAUGGCAAAAUGGUACUCCUUUGUUUUGAUUCAAACUCUUCAUAUGGACCCUGUACACCGAACAAUUUAAGCCUUCUCUUAUAACCUCUUCUUUUUCAUUAACCCCUGUCGCUUUCUACAUUAGUUCUUCUUUUUCUCAACAGUCCUGUUCAAACUAACUUAAUGCAUGUGUGUUUUUUUAAUAAAUGUGAAGAUAUAACAGUUUAUGGUUAUAGACAAUUGAAUUUUGUAAUAGUGCUCAGUGACUAAAAUCCAAUUCUGUAAUUUCUAGAGUUUGCACAGGGACUGCUGUGUUCUAGGAAGCAAUGGGCUGAGCAAAUGAGAAUGUACUUGCUGUGCAGGCCCGAAUACAGUUAUUUUUCAAGAGAUCUUUGUUUUAGUUCAUUUUUUUUGUUUCGCUUUCAGUUUUAGAAGGUGAUGCUUCUUUUUACUUUGUAUGAUUUAAGUUUGGAAAUAGAUUGUGCUUUCAUUACCAGUUGAUUCUUCUCUCGCUUCAAAAUGCCUUUUGCCUGUAGCACAAGUAGACUGUACUAGUAAUUAUAUGAAAAUGCACAAAUCCAUCUCUAGCAAUAAUCCAGUCUUUGUAAUCAACUAGCACAUGGGUCAGUAGAGACCAUAUCACCAUUAUAGAGCAUAUUGCUGUCAAUUACAGCAAUGCAUCUUUAUUGAUCUACAAAUUGCACAAACAUGCUUGCUUGACAUAUAAACAUGAUAUAUUUUAGAAUGAGAAUCGUGUAUAUUAGCUUUCAUUUCAUGUAAUGGUAUUGACGUCUUGUAACUGAAGGUUGUAACGGUUCAUAUGGACAACUCAGAAGGUUUAUCGAAUGCAGUACUAUUUGGUAUGGGCUGGUGUUGCAUGCAAAUAUUCCUGUGGGAGAUUUCUUUAUUGGAAUUUUCAUUCUCAAGUUGUGUGUGUGUGAUUGAAGCAUUGGACAUCCAAAUUAAGUACCUAAUGAGUUAACUAGUUAUGAACUAGUAAUCUAGUUAAAAAGUGUUAACUACAAACUAGUUAAAUGGUUGAUAACUAGUGUCGAAUAAUGUGUUACUAAGAAUUGAUUGACUACUUGCUAUCAGCUAAUGAAUUACUGAGAUCGUAAUGAGUUUACUGGCAUAUGAUAUUUACUAGUAAUCUUGUUAACUAAAGACAAGUUAUCUGGUUAACUAGUGCUGACUAAUGAGUUACAGAAAAUUAAAAAAAUUGCUUUCUAUAAACUAAUAUGAAAUGAGUUUGCAAAAUGUUUUUGUGUUAUCAUCUAUUAAGUUACUAAGAAAAUACCUUGUAGUUCGUACUGGUUAUGAAGUAAAGUUACUCAUGAGUACAAACUACAGUAUACGUCAAGAACGGAUUAAUUACUGAUUAACAUUACAUUAUAAUUAACUAGUUAUCAGUAUGUUACAUAUGGGUUAUCCAGCGAUAUAUUGGUUUAUCGACUUAGUUUAUAGUAAGGGGCUAUCUACUAGCAAAGAUAUAAUUCUGGGUUUAUUUGUAGUUACUAGUUA